CUCAUGUUUGUGAGUUGCUUGAUGACUAUGGGGAUUGAGAUGUUAAUAAAUUAAAUACAUCUUUCAGUAGCAUGGAACGUCAGGAAAUCCUUAAAAUCCCCACCGGGCUUUGCUCUGAUUCUCUUAUAUGGCAUUAUGACAAAAAUGGAGAAUUUACUGUCAAGAGUGCUUAUCUUCUUGCAUGUAGUAGGCAGCAUGAAACGAAUAUGGAUAGCACAAAUAUGGGCCUCUCUUCUGGUGAGUGGAAACACUUGUGGAAACUGAAAGUGCCUCCUAAUGUUAGAGUCUUUCUUUGGAGAGCCAUUUUGAAUGCUUUACCCUCCAUGGAUAAUUUGGUGAAAAGGGGGAUUGUGCAAGAGGCUUUAUGUCCUCUCUGUCAGGUAGCUGAUGAAUCACUAAUGCAUUUGCUCUUUUAUUGCCCUCACGUCGAACCAAUUUGGUUUGGUUCAGCCUUGGGUCUUGACCCUAGGCAACUGGGGGUGGGUUGUUUUGUGGAAUGGUGGAAAAAUUUCUCCUCAUCAGGUUCUUGCUCGAGUUUCUGGUAUGCUCCAAGAACUCUUGCCCUCAAACCAGAAAGAUCUAUUGAUAACCCGUCCAGGCCUCGACCAACUACACAACAGUCCCAGUCGUCAUGGUCUAAGCCGCCACAUGGCACCCUAAAGAUCAAUGUUGACGCAUCUUUUUCACCGAACACGGGGUUUGCAACCUUGGCCAUGGUUGGGCGCGACUCAAAUGGGGCGAUGUGUUUCGGUAAGACUUGGAACUGUAUGGCCUUAUCCCCACUUAUGGCUGAAACAGCUGCUCUCUUUAAAGCUAUACAUUUUGUUGAAAAUAGAGGAAUUCACCAAGCCAUCUUUGAAUCUGAUAAUCAGGUUUUAAUCUCAUCUUUGCAACAAUCACUUAGGCCUCUACCAUGGGAGGCAAAAACCCUUAUCAUGCAUAUUCGACAUUUAUGUGUAUGCCACCCUGGAUAUAGCUUUGUCUUUGUACAUCGUAAUGGUAAUAGGGUAGCAGACUGGAUUGCCCACUCAUCAAGAACUGGACAAUGCCCCUCGUAUUGGGCGCAUCGUCCUCCUAACAUACUACUUAAGCUGCUUUUGGAUGAUGUAGCUUCUACUUAAUGAUAUAAAUCUUUCGUUUUACA